AUGCUCCCACGGCUUGUAAUCAGUGCUCCGGACCUCCUGCCCUCAGAAACUAAAACCAAAAAGACCAAUGGUAAAUUGGUUCGGAGGACCAAAGCAGCCAAUGCAGCUGUGGCCAAAGCCUUGGCCGAUGCAGCCAAAGUUGUGGCCAAUACAGCUGCGGCCAAAGCGACAAAGAGCAUACUGGCACGCAGGGAUCCGGGUGGAUGCACCAUCCGCCUCUUGAGCAUGACGUUCUACUUGAAAGACGAUGCCCCCAUAUCAGUUGGGCAUUCUGUUGCCAGUGCCAUGGCAACAUGCAAGACUGAAAAGGCCGAAUUCAUAGUUCUGACAGAGAAGGAACGCCUAGAGUGCGACGUUUAUGACGUGGAAAACUAUGGGACACGGUUUGUGUCGUUUUUUAAUGAAUGUGUCAAUGCAUUUGCUGGUCUCACCCGCCUCCACCUGCAGAAUUUGAGAUUCGCCAAAUCAGACUUUGUUUCCAACAUCCUUGUCACUUGCAAGAAAUUAAAUUAUUUAGGUUUUCUCAAUUGCGACACAGAGGAUUGGAUAACGCUCCAAGUUGAACAUGCACAGCUCAGAGAGCUUAGUAUUGUUAAUUGCCGGUUUGACAUGGUCAAACUCGCCUGGGUUCCGAAACUCACCUGCCUGGCGUUUGAGUCUUGGGUGUCUUUCAGAAAACCACCAUUGUCAUUUGGCCAUGUCCCAUUGCUUGAGGUUCUGCGCCUUUCAAAUGUUGCUCUUAAUUGGCACAAAAUGGUCAAGUUAAGUACAUUUCUUCACGAGACCUCUGUCCGAGACCUGAGGUUGGGGUUUAAAUUAUCAGAGUGUUUGACCAGAAGGCAGGCAUAUGUGUUCUGCCAACUAAGGAUUCUCAAUCUACUUAGCAUUCCUGAAGGGUAUGAUCUCACCUGGACAAUGUUCUUUUUGGAAGCGGCGCCAUCCCUGAAGGAGCUCAUAUUGACGGUAAUUGAUCAUCCAUGUGAAAUGGAAAUGGACCAGAAGGUGAGGAGGCAGAAGUCCUAUAGCAGGAACAAGGGUGUCCAGUGGGAAUCACCUACAUCAAAUUUCAAGCACCAUUGUCUCACCAAGCUAACCUUCUUCUGCUUCCAAUCUGAAGAGUACAUGGUGAGUCAUGUCAGGCGUGUCAUGAAAGCAGCGGUGAAUCUAGGGGAUGUGUACCUGUAUGACAGGCUCACAUGUAUCUACUGCGAAGGCGAGGAGCCUCUAAAGCCGAUAGUGUUUCCGAAGACAGAUAAGCAGAUGUCUUCAGUGGAGAAGCGAAUCAGGAAGGGCAUCGAGUCACCUGCCAUAAUCCACUUCCUGGCGGCUGCUGAAAUAAGCGAUGAUUAUCGUGCAAGGGUAACUGAAGACUGUUAG